ACUACCUCCUGCAACCCGGCCGCCGGUGACCUGCACCCGGCUGCCGGGUGGGCUGCGGUGGCCGAGGCGGAGGUCGGCCGCGGGGCGAGGACUUGGUUUCUUCAAGGCCUGGUCACCCCUACACCGACUUCCCUGGACUUGGAUAUCCCAGGACAAAGGACCUACAGAGCAGGGCGGGCGUCUAGUUUGCACAGAGUAAAAGCCACAGAAGGAAGGGAGCUGCCACUGAAAGGAGUUGCUGCAGUUUGUGGUUUUGUGAGACAGGGUCCCAGGUAACCCGCGUUUGGCCUUGAGCUUGGGAUCCUCCUGCCUCCAGCUCCCAAGCUCUGGGAUCACAGGUUCCUCAUGACUCCUCCUGUGGACCAUGCCCAUGAUCUGUUUUGCCAGCGUAGUACGGGUGAGGGAUGGACUGCCCCUCUCGGCCUCCACUGACUUUUACCACGCCCAGGAGUUUCUGGAAUGCAGGAGGCAGCUCAAGGCCUUAGCCCCGAGGCUGGCUCAGUAUCCAGGCCGAGGUUCUGCAGAAAGCCGUGACUUCCAUAUCUAUUUUUCGUCAUCGGGGGACGUGGCCUGCAUGGCUAUCUGCUCACACCAGUGCCCAGCAGCCAUGGCCUUCUGCUUCCUGGAGACUCUGUGGUGGGACUUCACGGCUUCCUAUGGUACCACGUGCAUUGGCCUGGCCUCCCGGCCCUACGCUUUUCUCGAGUUUGACAGUGUCAUUCAGAAAACCAAGUGGCAUUUUAACCACAUGAGUCCCUCCCAGAUGAAGAGUGGCUUAGAAGAGAUUCAGGAGGAGCUUGAGUUCCAGCCUCCAGCAGUUCUGUCCUUGGAGGGCACAGACGUGACAAAUGGCAUGCUGAACGGCCACACCCCGGUGUACUCUGAGCCUGCUCCGAAUCUCCGGAUGGAGCCGGUGACAGCGCUGGGUGUCCUCUCUCUCGUCCUCAACAUCAUGUGUGCUGCCCUGAACCUCAUCCGUGGAGUUCACCUCGCAGAACACUCUCUACAGGUUGCCCAGGAAGAAGUUGGAAACAUCCUGGCCUUCUUUAUUCCUUCUGUGGCCUGCAUGGUCCAGUGUUAUCUGUACCUGUUCUAUAGUCCAGCAAGGACUCUGAAGGUGGUGCUGAUGCUGGCCUUCAUCUGCCUGGGCAAUGUGUACCUGCAUGGGCUGAGGAACACCUGGCAGAUCCUCUUCCACAUUGGAGUGGCUUUUCUGUCUUCAUAUCAGAUCCUGACCAGACAGCUGCAGGAGAGGCAGUCUGACUAUGGAGUGUGAGGACAGUAUCAUGCAGUGAUGCCUUUGAUUUUUUUCUCCCCUGGAAGGCCAGUCUGUUUCCACUCUUGCUUCUCAACUUCACCUCAGAUCUCCAUCCUUGAAGCUCACAGAUUCUGACAGGUGCAGCGGAGGACCCAGGGCUGCUGGUUGCAGUCUUGGUCUGCAUGGAACAUUUGUUCAGAACUGCCAGUUGAGCACAGGACGGGCAGCCGAAGCUGGAGCUUGCUCAGAGAGCGUCUCUGAUGGUCAGAGUGGCAAUGUUUUGGUCUCCCGCAUUGAAUGAUACUGCAAACAGCUAGAUUCCAUAAUGGUAGUUUUAGUCAUUGGCAGGUGUCUGCUGAAGUUGGUUUGCAGUUUCGGUGUGACUCUGGCUGUCCUCAGAGUGUCAGUUCAGGGUGAAUAUGCUUCAUACAUAUAAGCUAGGUAAAUUUUGUUUACAUUUUUGAUAACUUGGGUUCAAUAUACUUUUGGAAUAUUUAAAUAUAUUUUGGAUAUAAAUUGAAGCUCAUUUAGAACAAAGGCAAACUUAGACUAAGGAAAUGCUAAGGAAAUCCAAGUUUAUUUAAUUUACAGAGAACUUUUAUGGUGGUGGGACUGUUAUGGUGGGAUACAGAUGUGGUUUAUAUCUAUUUUCGGUGUCUAGCUGAGGAUCUCUAAAUUAAUAACCAAUAUUACUGGGUCAUAAGCACAUGGGCGUGAGCAGAUGUGAGAGCCUCAGGGUCCUUUCCAUAGUGCAGAGAGGAGUGGGAGAUGCGGGGGCUCAGAGGCCCUUGACAGGAUUAGGGAGAGGCUUCUGUCUCCAGGCGUUGUGUGGCAGCUGAGUGCCAGUCAUGGUGGCAUUGCUGGAGACGUGGUCUUGCGAACCUCCUGGAGAGGCCUCCCUGGAGCAUCUCAGUUAGACCAAGGCCUCACUGUUCUAUGAGCAGGAAUUAAGUAGGUAUUAGCACAGUAAAGCUUUGUGUGACUGACGUGCAUGUUGCAAAGCUGCUAAGGUGUGCUUCUGAGUAAGAGCCCCCUGUAUCUCCAAUUAAGGGUCUGGUGACACUCAAGAAGCCAUGUUGGGGUUCACCCCUCUGACUUGUUCUUGGAAUAGUGCACCCACAGCUGUGUGGGAUGACCUAUAUGGCUCCAUUAGUGGUAAAUCCUGUAUUGAUAGUUUUUAAAGGAGAAAGCCCUCCCCAAAGUUACUGAGGAGUGGGGAAACAGGAGUGUAGGGUUAGAGCUCUUUUGUUUGGCUGUCCCCAGUACUGCGUGUUGGUGAGCCACCAGGUGUUAUUUUAGGAGAGAGCGUCUGUGACUCAGAACUGGGCUGGGAAAGUAUUGCCAUUGUGAUUUUGUUUCCUUAGAGAAUCUUCUAUUUUUAGUCAAAUCUAUAAUGUCUGGGUUUGAAUUCAUAUUGGGAACAUCCUUGGGCGUGAAUUUCAACCUUGUGUCUUUGUUGAUUUCACACCUAUGUGAUUUUGUAUAUACUGUGCAGGCAAAUGCUCACUCUUCUGAGAGAAUUUUGAAGUGGCCAGAGGGAGGAGAAAAUCCUUUUAAUUCAAAGCACACACUCAAAAAAAUUUUUAAGUAAGUUAAAAAAGAUCAGCCUAAAAAUGUAUUGUUUUCCUCGUAAGCCUGUGUGGUAUCAUGUUGCCUGUGUCUGGAGACCACACACACUCGAGGGUCUGAGCCUGUGGUUGUCAGCUCACAAGUGGUAACAAAGCAGUCCCCGAGGGUAAGCCCUUGCUAGAGACACUUUGUAAAUGCUAAUGAGGGGUUAUCCACACUUGGUUGGCACAGCUUGUGAGUUAUCAUCUAGACAGGGUUCCAUACUGUCAUAAAUGGAAGGAAAAGGUGUCCUCGAGGGAAAGAGAAAACAGAGAACCUUAAACAGGAAUCUAGCCAAGAAGCCUCACUUCCCAGGAGGGAGGGACUGGUGACAGGAAAGGAGUUCCAGGGAAACCCCAGGCUUUGGGCUAACUUGUUCAGACCUAAGUGGUGGUAACCCCCAUGGCAUUUUUGAUGCCAGGAAACUGGUUCCACAGCAGGAGUGCUCCUCUGUCCACCGUGCACUGGCUGCUACUCUGGCAUCUUUAGAUGAGGGGUUAGGUGGUAGUGCCCAGCUGGCUCACAUGCAACGGUGUUGAGACAGCCCCAGGAGCUUCCCUGUCCAGAUGCUCAUAGACUUUGGUGCUGUAUCAUCUGCUGGUGUCUGGAUGGGAGUGGCCCGGCAGCAAGCUUAUGAUUUGGGUUACUUUUCCCUCAGUGAUCCUUAUCUUGACGGGGACUGUACCUGACUUUCCUUUUUCUAGGUGGAGACAGCUGGACCAUCUAGGGUUGAGUUUCUUCUCAGUCCCAGAUGCCUCACUGACUCAUGGCUGUGGUUCUUGCUGUCCAUGAACUCUGUUGACAUGCAUUGUGGGCCUUUUCCUUGACCCCCGUUUCUUUCCUAGCCACCAUGAAUUCCCUCUCUCUUGUCUGCUUCCACUCUGCCUCCUACAUUCCUGUCUCCAGAUAGAGGUACAGGCUGGAGUCUGUGGAGAGACAGGAAUCAUGAGGGAAAGGAGCCGGCUUUGCAGUCUCAACCUCUGCCCCACUGAAGCUCAGCACUCAGGAGAAACAGCUCUUUGGCUGCCAUCCCUGAUGGGGGCUAGGGCAAUAGCCAGCAGACCCAUGAAUGUGGCUGUUUGGAUCAUAGGAAACAGGGUACGAGGGCCAAACUUCGGUUCACAUCUAUACUGUGCUGAUCCUUGAAGGAGCUGCCUGCUCACUGUAAUACCAACACAGCCCCUUCUAUCCCUUCUACAUGUUUGACAAUGAAUGAUACACAAGAGGGGAGGCUGGGGCAUGGUCAGGAACGCACACAUGAGAGAGGCUGGGCAUGUCCAGGAUGCUCAGGUCUGGGGCCAUUCUGCCUGUGUGCUGUGAGAGCCAAGAAUGGUGGAAGAAGGAAGAGAAACCAGGUGUGCCCUGGAGAGACGGAGUAAGGGAAGGGUCUCACAGGUCAGCUGACCCAGUGGCCUGGAGACUUCCACUCAGUCCUGGUCACAUUGGAAGCCCCUGCCUGCCGUCCUCAGCGUCUUCACCUGCAAGAGGACAGGAACACCAGUUUGCAAUCCCUAUAUGCUCCUGUGAGAAUUGCAAGUGGCCACAGGGUGGAUUGUCAUAGAGAAGGGUUGUGAGAUCACUGGGUGUGUGCAGCAGACAGCAGACCUCACCUGUGUUCAAGCAUUCACAAGGUGGCACUUUCUACUACUGCAGAUUAAGGCUCCAGGCCUUCAUUCCAGAAAGGAAGUGGCUCCGAUCUUCCUGGACCUGCCUCUGGGUUU